UUCAUAGCAAAAAUUUUAAAAUAGAGAAUAUUAACUUAACCUGAAUACAGUAUAAUCUGUGCAGAAAUACAGUCGGGAAAUAAAUACAGACCAUACUUCGCCAAUAUGGCCCUAAAUAGGCUUUUCGCUGGGCUAUCAAUAACUCCUACGAUUCUGGGGAGACGAACUAUUUAUACGGGAGUCGUUAACUUUGCAAGUAAACCCCCAUUAGACAAGCCAAAGCCAGGAUUCGGCAUAGCUUAUAGGCGUAUAGUGCAUUUUCCUGAAGAAUAUACUGUCAAGCCUUUAGAAGUAACCAAUCUUGCAGGCAGAGAUCCAGUGACAGGUCGCGUUGUCGCUAAAGGCAUAGGAGGUGGUAUUAAGCACAAAUACCACUGGAUAGCAUGGAUCAGGGAUGGACCCAAGGAGGGCCCUCCCCAGGAAGAGAAGGUCAUACAGAUAAUGGAAGAUGGUUGUCGGACAGCAAAUAUUGCGUUAGUGGCAGUCGGGGACAAGUUGAAAUAUAUUCUUGCGACAGAGAACAUGAAAGCCGGUGACAUUAUCAAAUCAUCCAGACACUUGCCUAGGAUACCUGUUAGAGCCAAUGAAGGCGAUGCUUACGUCCUAGGAGCGCUCCCUACGGGAACUAUUGUACACUGCAUUGAAAAAGUGCCCAGUAUGGGCGGUCUGUACAUCCACGCGGCGGGUACCUUCGGCACCAUUUUGCGGAAACAGGACGACCGCAUCAUCGUGCAGAUGCCGUCUAAGAGGCUCUUCAGCUUUGAUCAACACUGCAUGGCUGUUGUUGGUCGAUUAUCAAACAUAGAGCACGGUAGCACGCCCAUCGGGUCCCCGCAGCGUAACCGCUGGCUCGGCAACCGGCCGCGCUCGGGUCUGUGGCACCGCAAAGAUGGCCGCCACGGCCGCAAGAUACACCCGCCCAAACCUGUCAAGGAGGUCGGCAAGGCGGAGGCGGUCCGGCCAGCUGCGCUUAGACUUUCGAUGCACCCUUAAGA